AUGGAUCAAGAAGAGGAAGAGAUCGAGAUUCCUAAUUACUUUAUCUGCCCAAUCUCACUAGAGAUCAUGAAAGAUCCAGUCACGACCGUUUCUGGCAUCACUUACGACCGUCAAAACAUCGUUAAAUGGCUCGAAAAGGUCCCUUCUUGUCCCGUCACGAAGCAACCUCUUCCCUUAGACUCCGAUCUUACACCUAACCACAUGCUUCGCCGUCUUAUCCAACACUGGUGCGUCGAGAACGAGACACGUGGCGUUGUCAGAAUCUCUACACCUCGAGUUCCUCCUGGAAAACUUAACGUCGUCGAAGAGAUCAAGAAUCUCAAAAAGUUCGGCCAAGAAGCCUUAGGAAGAGAAGAAACGUUGCAGAAGCUUGAAGUUUUGGCAAUGGACGGAAAUAACAGAAGAUUGAUGUGUGAAUGUGGCGUACAUAAGUCUUUGAUCUUGUUCGUAGUCAAGUGUACUAGUGAAGACGAAGACGGACGACGUCGUAUCAAAGGACUAGAUGAGUCUCUUCGUCUUCUUCACUUGAUCGGUAUUCCAUCAAACGACGCAAAAACAAUCUUGAUGGAAAACGAUCGAGUUAUGGAAUCGUUGACUUGGGUUUUACACCAAGAAGACUUUCUCAGUAAGGCUUAUACAAUUGUGCUAUUGAGGAAUCUAACGGAAUACACUUCCUCUCAUAUCGUAGAGAGAUUGAAUCCCGAGAUUUUUAAAGGGAUCAUAGGGUUUCUCAAGGAUGUUGUAAAUAGUGUUAAUCGGACGAGCCCUACCGUGAGAGAAACGGUACAGUCAUCAUCAAGGCCUAGCUUGGGAAAAACGGAACCAUCAAAACUUGAUCAUAGUUUGGUCAUCAAACAAGCGGUGACUGCCGCGCUGAUGAUUCUUUUAGAGACUUCUUCGUGGAGCCGAAACCGAUCACUCCUUGUGGAUCUCGGUGCGGUUUCUGAACUCAUCGAACUCGAAAUAAGCUACACUGGCGAGAAAAGAAUCACAGAACUUAUGUUAGGAGUUUUAUCUCGUUUAUGUUGCUGUGCGAACGGUAGAGCCGAGAUUCUUGCUCAUAGGGGCGGAAUCGCGGUUGUGACAAAGCGGCUAUUGAGGGUUUCACCUGCGGCAGACGAUAGAGCUAUCUCUAUCCUAACUACAGUGUCAAAAUUCUCGCCGGAAAACAUGGUGGUGGAAGAGAUGGUUAAUGUUGGGACGGUAGAGAAGCUCUGUUCCGUUCUAGGAAUGGAUUGUGGUUUGAACUUGAAGGAGAAAGCAAAAGAGAUACUAAAAGAUCAUUUUGAUGAGUGGAAGAAGUUUCCAUGUAUUGACAUAACUCUUCUCACUAAGCUGCUAAGCAUCUCACCCAAAGGGCCAAAGAUCUAA